GCGCAUGUGUGCUAUCUGCCCCCCUCCUCCCUCUCCCUGUCCCUCUCCCCUGCCUCGGCGGCCAUCCCAAAUCGCGUCUUGCCGCCAUCCGGCUGCUCGUUGGCCGGCUCGUCGAGUCGGAUGCCGCGCGCGAGUGCGACUGCCUGCAGGGGCGGCAGGUUGAGUACCUCCAGGACCAGCACGGCUGGUUUGCCGUCGCAGGUCAUCUCGACGGUGCGGCCGUAUGUGUGGAGGUCGGUGCCGUUGGUGUGGCUGCUGAAGUGGCGGUUGUGGAACAGCGUCCACAGGUGGCUGUCACGGUCAGCUGUGACGUCACACAACACAGAGACCAACCACACAGACACAACACCGACCACCGAAUACACACAAUCCGUCCACAAUGGGAUGGGCAGGUGUUGUGUUGCUUGUGUGUGUCGCUUCUCUCUCUGGUUGAGUUGCGUACCAUUGACCUUCCAGAGCUGGUCGACUUUGACCUCUCGCUUGACGCCGUGGUUCUCGAGGAUGCGCCCAAAGGGCACCCUCUCGGACUCUAUGUCGCGCCGCACCUCCGGCCGCAUGGCGGCCAGGUCGACACAGAUGACGCCCAGCGACACGGCACAGCCGCCCAGCACCGCUCCCUCCAUAUCGACAUCGCCCCCCAGCGCCCCGUCGCCCUCCUGCCCGUUGCCCUGCUCCGCCUCGCCCUCCUCACCAGGCACCCGAAGCAGCACCUGCCGGCUGUAGAAACACUUCUUGCUGUCCUUGAGCUUCGACACCACGUCGAUCUCGAAACGCGUGUGGCAGAACCGCUCCAGCACCAGGGUCAGGUUGUCCGUGUGCGAGACCAGCUCGCGGACCCGCGGCGGCACCUCGCUCGCCGACACGCACCGGAAUGUGCCGAACCGGUAGGGCGACGACUGCGACUGAAUGACGUGGUUGAGCACUCCCACCACCUCCGGCACGUGGUGGUCCUGCAGUCACACACGUACAAGGAAGGUACAAGUUGACUACUUGGUUUGGUAUCACAGAGAUAGAGAAAAGUGCGCAAUGUUUGGUGUGCACACGUACCUGUAGGAAGACGCCGGCGAGGGCAGGGGGGAAGCCGCCCUGCAUCUGGGGGGCCGUGAGGGGGGACCUGCUGGCGUCAGGGUGGGGCGAGGCGGACGUCCGGGCCGUCGGCGACACAGCGAGCCGCGACAGCCGGGCCUUGUGGGCGGUGGGUGAGAGGACGAUGCGCGAGGGGAUGCGCGAGCACUUGAAGCCAGCCGGGGAGACCUCGCCGUGCGCUCGCGCCACAGGAGAGAAGGGCUCGCUUAUCACACUCAUGGCCGCCGACACCAGCUGCCGUCAGAACGGCAGCAGCAGUACCAGCAAACGUAUCUGAAGGCAAGGGGGAGGGAGGGCCGGGGAGGGGAGGGGGAAAGAAAGCAAAGGAAGAGUCCGAAAGAGUUCUUGUCAGUCAGCCGUACACACUUGACAAAAAGACUUGAGCCAAACAGUCAGGCUAAGGGUGAGAGGGCAGGCAAGGCAAGGCAAGGCAAAUCAGGGCAGGUGUACUGCGCUCCCUCUCUGCGAGUCCGUCGGCUGCCCUCCGUCCGUGCGAUUCCCUCCCGUACCUCGCCCUCCGCCUUCUCAAUAAUAAUAACGCCACCGAGUCUCGACCUCCCCAACGGCAAUCACCUCUUGCACACCCAACACCAAUGAACAACCUGCACCGUACGGACGGACCAUCACAGCACAACACGACACGUGCAUCUGUCUGUUGCCUCGCGGAUCCACACGCACAUGCCGCUCCGGACUCACCUGUUCAUUGAAUUAGAGCGCUCAAGCGCUGAUCUUGAAUGCACUUCACUGCAGUGCCAACUGCUUAAGCAAUGGCAUCCACUCUCCUCUAAACACGCAGGUGCCCCCUGU